AUGGUGGACACCGUUUCCGGGAAACUUGAACGGCGACGAUGCUGGCCGGGAUUAUUGGCGACCGCGUACGUGUGCGGGCUUCUCGUGUGGACGUGCGGAAUUUUGAGAUGCGGCGGACAAAAGCCGAUCAAUCUCGGCGGCGUCAAGCGACGGGACGUUUACAUCGCCGGAUUCUUCCCGUACGGGAACCACGUGCCCGAGAGCCACGUCGGUCGCGGCGUUAUGCCGUCCGUGAAGCUCGCCGUGGAUCACAUCAACGAGGAUCCAUCGGUGCUACGAAACUACCGACUGCACAUGUGGUGGAACGAUACAGAGUGCAACGCGGCGGUCGGCGUGAAGGCAUUCUUCGACAUGAUGCACAGCGGACCGCACAAGGUAAUGCUGUUUGGGGCAGCUUGCACCCACGUCACCGAUCCGAUCGCGAAAGCAUCCAAGCACUGGCGUCUCACACAGCUCAGCUACGCAGACACGCAUCCGAUGUUCACGAGCAACAGCUUUCCAAACUUCUUUCGGGUGGUGCCGUCCGAGAACGCGUUCAACGCACCGCGCGUAGCGCUCUUGAUACACUUCAAUUGGACCAGAGUCGGCACAAUUUACCAAAACGAGCCGAGAUACGCUCUAGCGCACAAUCGAUUGGUCGCCGAUCUAGACGACAGCAAGAUGGAAGUCGUGGAGACGCAAAGCUUUGCCACGGAGGUGACCACGGCGCUCGAGAAGCUCAAAGAGAAAGACGUUCGAAUCAUUUUGGGGAAUUUUAACGAGAUCUGGGCCAGGCGAAUAUUCUGCGAAGCGUUCAAAUUCGGUAUGUUCGGAAGGAAGUAUCAAUGGGUGAUCAUGGGUACGUACACGGAAGAAUGGUGGCUUCAGCCCGGAGGCGGUUGCGCUCCCUCGGAACUCACGGAAGCCUUGCACGGUGCCAUUCUGACGGAUCUGCUACCGUUGACCACGGAACGAAUUACGCCGGAUCAAUAUCGGGUCGAGUACGACUCGAGACGGGGCACGGAGUACUCGAGAUUCCACGGAUACACGUACGACGGUAUAUGGGCGGUCGCUCUGGCUAUACAACACGUCGCGCGUCGGAUAAGACACUAUCGUCGCAAUCAAACCAUCUCGGAUUUCAGAUACAGGGACGCGCUCUGGGAGAAACUAUUCCUCGAAGCCCUCAGAAACACCAGUUUCGAGGGAGUGACGGGCCCGGUACGUUUCUACGAUAACGAAAGGAAAGCGUACAUUCUGUUGAAGCAGUUUCAAAGUGGCAGCGAAGUUAAAGUCGGCGAGUACGACGGCGUCACGGAUGUACUGGACCUGACCAGAGGUCAGCCUUUGGUUUGGAGAGGAAGAUCACCGCCGAAAGAUCGAACACUUCAUAUCAUCGAACACUCGACCGUAAAUAUUACAAUAUACGCCGUGCUGGCUUCAGCGGCUAGCGUCGGUAUCGUGAUGGCGGCCAUUUUUCUAGCCAUCAAUAUCAGAUACAGAAAUCAAAGAUACAUAAAAAUGUCAUCGCCGCAUUUAAACAACCUCAUUAUCGUCGGAUGCAUGCUGACCUACAGCAGUGUAAUUUUCCUUGGGUUAGAUUCGCAGCUGUCCAGCGUAACGGCAUUUCCGUAUAUUUGCACCGCUAGAGCGUGGCUACUGAUGGCUGGUUUCUCGUUGGCCUUCGGUGCCAUGUUCUCCAAAACAUGGCGGGUUCACUCCAUCUUCACCGACGUUAAGCUGAACAAGAAGGUCAUAAAGGAUUACCAGUUAUUUAUGGUGGUCGGUGUAUUGUUAGUUAUUGAUUUGGGGAUUAUGACGACGUGGCAGGUUGCGGAUCCAUUCUACAGGGAGACCAAACAAAUGGAGCCCUACCCACAUCCAUCCAGCGAGGACAUAAUCAUCAUACCGGAAAACGAGUACUGUCAGAGCAAUCGUAUGACCGUAUACUUGGGAUGCAUAUACGCGUACAAAGGUCUCCUAAUGAUAUUCGGCGCGUUUCUGGCAUGGGAAACGAGACACGUCAGUAUUCCGGCGUUGAACGACAGCAAAUACGUCGGGAUGAGCGUGUACAACGUGGUAAUCAUGUGCGUAACCGGAGCAGCUAUAAGUUUCGUGCUGGCCGACAAGCAAGACGCCAUGUUUAUAAUGCUAGCGGUCUUUAUAAUAUUCUGCAGCACAGGUACCCUGUGCUUGGUUUUCGUGCCGAAGCUGAUCGAACUGCGGCGAAAUCCCCAAGGAGCGAUAGACAAACGAAUCAGAGCCACGCUGAGGCCCAUGUCGAAGACGUGCCGGGACUCGAGUAUGAGCGAACUAGAGGAACGUCUGAAGGAAGCUACCUUGACGAAUCAAAAGUUUCGUAAGCAACUCGUGGAGAAAGACUCCGAGUUACAGAUGUUCCUAAGAAGACUCGACGACCAAGGCGCCUCGAACACGCAAGAAGCAAUGGACAGACUGACGGUGCCGCGGCAAGAAGGGACCAUAAAGAAAGAAGGCCUGUCCGUCAACACGGAAACAACCGACAUCUCGAUGUCUAUGUGCAGCCUGAACUCGACGACGAUUUCGCAACCGGAAGCGGAAUAUGUGAACGCGAAUGCUAUCGAGCAACAGGCAGCAAGGAAGAAGACCUCGUUUUCCAGGAUUCCAGCCAUCGCCAUCGACAGCGAAAGAGUACCCCUGGUGCCGCAAACGGAGCCCGUGAAACUGACCUCCGAGAGCUUCUCCUCCUCAUCCGUGCCACCGCAAUCGGCAAUGAAACACACGGCGGAGGAUUCGAGUCGUAGAAGAAGGUCGGUCGCCUCCGGUAAGGAGAGCGAGCCUCUCAUCGAGAGAAGUCCAGAGUCGCGUCCAGACGGUAAAACCAACGUCGAUUUCGUGCCGGAGAUUGUCGAGGAAGGCGAUGCAGUUAUCCUCGAGGAGACCGAGAUUCCCAGGCACGGUAAGACGAUCAGAUGCAGGGACGAUCGUAGGUCGAGACUUCCGACGCCACCGCCGGCGAAAAAUGUCUCGUUCGGUGAACUCCACGAGCAAGACUAUCUCGAGCAAUCUAUCCUCCCGCCUCCGAUGCAAUUCGUACCGAAGCACCGACAUUCCGUCGCGGCGAACGUGUCCUCUCAUCACUCUCUGAAAAGAAGAUCGUCCGUCAAGAGCAACGGUAUGGCCCACUCCCAUCACGAGCUGUUCCAAACUCGACGGACCAGCGUGCCGAUAAAUUCGAUCAGCUACAUCUCGACCGAGAACGUUUCCAAGUCCGAGAGAGCCGAAAUUUCUCUGGGCUCGUUCGACAAGUCGUACGUGAUCGGGGAAUGCGGGCACAGGCGAGCUCUAAUAGCUGGGACCGGGUAUCGUUGCGAGAAACACGGCGGCGGUGGACGUGGACACUCGCACGCGACGUUAAACGGUUCGGCUGAAACGCCGCCCGCGCCUAGGCGACAGAGGAAACGGUACGACUCGCAGAACGCCAGCUCGCCGAGCGUCCCGGCGAUGGUGAACGCGAGCUACUCCGAUACCGAGAAAUGCGAGGAAUCCGUGUCGACGAUAAUCCAACGGUCCGUAUCGGAGAGAUCGCGGGAAAAGUGUCCACGGUUGCGAACCGAGGGACACGCGGUGAUCGAGUGCCCUCAUCGCGUCGCCCGCAGGAUACGAGAGUGCAGGCACACAGAUUCGAAGCUACGGCAACAGGCUCGGCGGCUCGAGUACGUCCAGAGCACGCCGAACGUGGCCACCAUUCACAACAACAAGUUCGCGAGCGCGAAUCCUCGCGGCGGAGGCGGUCCAGGUGGCGUGGACGGUAAUGGAACCGGUGUUGGUAUGGGUAUCGGUGGAGGUGUCGUUGGAUCGGUAACCACCAGUUCGGACGUUGUCGGCGGUUCGACGGUCAACGUCUCGAAGAUGUACAGCGCCGUGUCGGACGGCGAACUGCUGGAUCUAACGAUUCUACCGAUCUUUCAAAAAUUGCUCACCGAGAGGCACAAGAGCUCGAGAGGCGGCUACGGAGCCAGCGUGGCCAGCUGCCCGAAUAUAUCGAUCAAAUGCGACAUCGUCGAGUAUCUUUAA